AUGAGCGCACCUCCAGCUCCUUCGAGCGAUUCACAAGUUUACAAGCGGAAUGUUCGUGUUCGCAGGUGGAAGCUCCUAGCGAGCUAUUUCGGCGAUUGGUUUCUGACGGUAGCUCUGGCAGCAUUAUUUUUGGCGCUUGAGAAUGUACAUGGAUUCAGAAGGCGAUUCUCUCUUCAAGACGAGAGUAUCCAGUAUCCGUUCACCGUCAAGGAACGCGUGCCCAAUUGGCUUCUCGGAGUCAUCUGUUUGGGUAUCCCAGGUGUCCUUAUGCCCAUUGUCAAUCUAUUGACUGUGCGAAUGCUCUGGGAUUUGCACAAUUCAUGGCUUGGUCUUGUCCUCAGCCUCGCCAUUUCUGGAAGCAUCACCCAGAUCUUUAAGAUUACUGCCGGCCGUCCUCGUCCUGAUCUUAUUGCGCGUUGCGCGCCUGUUCAAGGUGCUCAGAAUCCGCCCGUCUAUGGAUUGGUGGACGAUAGCAUUUGUACGCAGACGGAAUACGCCAUUAUGAUCGAUGGAUGGCGUAGCUUCUCCAGUGGCCACUCUUGCCUGAGCUUUGCAGGUCUCGGCUUCCUCUCUUUAUAUUUGGCUGGCAAGCUGCAUCUAUUCGACAGCCGCGGUCAAACAUCCAAAGCAUGGAUCUCCAUUUUCCCACUCUUCGGCGCUGCUCUCGUGGCUACUACCCGCACCAUGGACUACCGCCACCAUUGGCAGGAUGUCCUCGUCGGCGCGGUGAUCGGAAUCACGACGGCCUAUUUUGCCUAUCGCCAAUACUAUCCCACUCUCGAGAGCCCUCUUUCACAUCGUCCUUUUUCUCCUCGCUAUGCGCCUAUCCAGGCUCAGGGGUCCAAAGAUGCGAAUGGUGACAAGAGUGGGAACCAAGAUGUAGAAUUAGGUCCUGUACAGGAGCAAGGUGCAACGGGAGUCGAGGGCACUGUCCCUCGCUAG